CUCCCUCCGCAUCCUCCCCCUUCCAGACGCCAUUGCACUCGAUCUCCGGCGAACUGAGGGCAUGUGCAAUUAGUGAAAUGGAAACAGAAAAAAAGCAAAGCUGGAAUGCUACACGCUAGUUGGCAAAGAUUCAAGAGAAGGCAACAGAAACGAGCUGGGAAUUAUAUAUAAACAAACCAGUGAAAUAACUUCCUAUAACUCAGUCUUCUUGGUAUUCAAUAAGAACGGCAGCAGUGAGACACAGAAAAAUAUUUUCAGAGAGACGCCGGGGAGCUCGGCGAGUUAACCAGAGAGGAGGCUUAACGUCAACUGCAAUUCACCGAGCCGCCUAAUAACUUAAGGACUGAAAGGACACGCUUUGUCAACAAAGACGUGACAGGCCACAGUGACUUAGAGACAAACAUUUAUACAUCGAGCGACCAUGGCGGUGAACGUAUGGGGGCUCGUUGCCAUCAUAGUAUUUUAUAUCUUGAUCUUCGCCUUGGGAAUCUAUGCUUACUGGAAAAACAAACAGCGCCACAGCGCGGAUAUGACAAGCGAGGAUGUUAUUUUGGCCGGGAGAAAUAUUGGUGUUUACCUAGGAAUAUUUACCAUGACAGCCACCUGGGUGGACGGCUCCCUAAUCAGCGGCGUGGCGGAGGGGGUCUAUACAUCCGGGUAUGCUGCUCUACAGAUGCCACUAGGAUAUCUGGCUUCUAUCGUUCUAGCUGGGGCGUUUUACGUGAAGAAGAUGCGAGGGAAGGGUUACGUCACCAUGUUGGAUCCACUGGGGAGGAAGUUUGGAAAAGUCAUGGCGGCCAUAUUGUUCUUUCCGGCCAUGUCGGGGGAUUUGUUCUGGUGCGCUGCGACGCUUUCAUCACUGGGCACCACACUGACAGUUGUGGUAGGUCUAGAGGACUGGAUCUCCAUCCUGGUCUCAGCCCUGGUUGUUUUAGUCUACACCUUCUUCGGCGGUCUCUACUCCGUCUCCUAUACCGACGUCAUGCAGAUGGUUUUUAUCUUCCUGGGGUUGUGGGUCGCCAUUCCAUUCAUCUGUACCAGUCCUUACGUGACCCCUCUCCCAGAGACUGCCGACCGCUGGGUGGGUACCCUGGACCCCCGCACCCUGGGGACCUAUGUGGACGUCCUGCUACAGCUGAUGCUGGGAGGAAUCCCCUGGCAGUUUAUAUGGCAACGUAUCUUAGCCGUUAAGACGGCCAGGAUGGCCCAGAUGGUGACGUUUGCUGGCUCCCUGGGGGGUCUCUUGGCGACCAUUCCUCCGUUAUUGAUAGGAAUGGCCGCUGUCUCUGCCGACUGGAAUGCUACUUCCUACGACGGAGAGCUCCCGUUUCCUCACGAAGACUUGAAGUUGAUUGCCCCUCUGGUGUUACAACAUUUGACGCCAUUUGCAGUUGCUGUGGUGGGGCUGGCGGCGGUGUCGGCUGCCGUGAUGUCGUCUGCGGACUCCAUCAUGCUGUCGUCCAGCUCCAUGUUUACUAACAACGUCUACAAACCGCUGAGGGACACACACAAGACCAGGGCUGGUGAACGUGAAUUAAUCUGGUCAGUUCGCCUCUUCAUGGUGGCUUUUGCCGUGGUCACCACCGUACUAGCCAUCUUCAUUAAGAGCAUCUUCGCACUGACCAUCCUCAGCUCCGACCUCAUCUACGUCAUCAUGUUCCCUCAGCUGACGUCAGCACUCUUCCUGCCCGCGGCAAACGUCUACGGCUCGAUAACGGGGCUCGUCUUGGCCUCUGUCAUACGCCCCCUAGCGGGAGAGCCCGCGCUAUCGCUCUCCCCCGUGAUAAAAUGGCCCUGGUACGACCCGGAGUCACACACCCAGUAUUUCCCUCACAGAACAGCCUGUAUGUUGAUCAGUUUCCUCGGUAUAAUAUUGGUAUCUUACGUCACAGACUUCUUGUUCAGAAAUGAGUAUUUACACAAGCGUUAUGACUUUCUAAACGGGGUAGAGAUCGUCCGCGAGACCGAGGCUCCGAGCACGCCCGAUGAUAAGAAGAACCUCAAGUUGGAUUGGUCGCCGAACCCCGCCGAGUCCAGGCACGAGGCCAGCAGCGACGCUGAUUGCUGUGAGGCAUUAAAAAAGGCUGACCCCAAUGAAGACGGUGGCGAGAAUGGUAACUUACUGUCGACCAAAUUGUGACUGCUGAUCUUUAAGUGACGAACAAAAAUGUUAACACUAAAGGGACAUGUGAUGAUUGCAUUGACAAACGUUAAGUUUUGUGACUUUUCUUGUCGCCAGAAGAGGGCACGUGCACCUGUCUUUUCAUGGUUGGUAGGCAUUCGUGACCUUUCAUGACAAUGGAAAAACACGUGACUUUUCAUGACUGCUAAAUGGUCUACACGUGAAUUCUCAUGACACCUGGACGGGCUUCACGUGACGUUGCAACCAAAAUCUACUAAUGAAGUGUUAUAUGUUGAUGACAAUACGUGAAAUAGAAUAAUUGGUGUUGUGCUACCGUACUUGAUAAACUUUUCAUGUCGAUAUGUAUGGGUGGUUUAUCCUACAAGAGCGUACAGAUCUCUAAUUUUUUCUUCAGUCAACAAUUAUCACGGAUUAUAUAUUGAUAAAUGUGUGAGUCGCAACACGGGUCUAUUUUUACGAAGGGAUUUGACCCUGACAACUGGUCUGAACUUUUAGAUAUGUACGACUGCACGGAUAUGAGGCUGCAGUUCUGUCGCGGCACAUUACGUCACGACUGCAGUUAAAUGUGGAUUCGCCUUAUACCUCAGUUAAUUAGCACGCAAUGUACCUUUAAUUUAAUAUUUAUAUUGGUGUUUCCGUGGAGGUAGGAUUGAGGGAGGUGGGGGCUGGCUGCACCGUUCAGUUAUACUAGUAUAUAGAGACUACUAUAACACUAGCCUCAGUCCAGGAUGAAGAUGACAUAAUAGGCACCAAAAUAUUGGAGUGGAAACCCAAUAUUUUAAUAGUUGUGUGACGAAAAUAAUUUCGUUUCUUUAAAUGCAUGAAGUAAUUAAUUGUUAGGGAUAAAAUCGUGUUUAGUCAAGGAUAAGGUGUAUACAGUAUGAGAAUAGAAGCCAUAACGAACGACUUGAGAUCUAGAACACGUGCUGCGCACGUCAUUUCAACAUGGCAUUAUCAGUGGAAACCCAGUCUAAGCAGAUGAACUGGUGUUAAUGAUCGUCAACAAAAAGACUGCAUUUGUCUAAAGACACAGUGUAUUGUAUUACAACAAUUCUGUUUGGACACGUUAUUGUGGCAUUUGUGUAAUAUAUGUAGAACUGUCUGGAGA